UUCAUAUCAAAGGUGGAAUGUGAAAACACUAAUUCAAAGGAGCACAUGUUUGAUGUUAUCAGCUUGGAGAGUGCUACUCAGCUUCACAGGAAACGUAUGACUUUGUCUCUUAACAUUUCUCAAGGCAGACGACCUGUAGAUCUUUCUCCUUCCACACCGGGAGAUGUUGAGAGCAACUCUGAUAAUGAUGAACCUCUGCUGAGUGGUACAGGUGAGGUUAGUAAAGACUGCACUGAGACAGAAUUGGCUGGCUGGGCUGAAGUUUUGACCAAGUGGAGGCAAAACCUCAAACAAAGGCCUAAAUCCCUGGCUUCUUAUGUUAGGCGUGGAGUUCCUGAAGCUCUUCGAGGAGAAGUAUGGCAACUGCUGGCUGGUUGCUAUGAUAACAGGGAUAUGAUGGAAACUUAUAGACUUUUAAUAAACAAGGAAUCUCCUUGUGAAAAUGUUAUUCAAAGGGACAUAAAUCGCACUUUUCCUGCCCAUGAGUACUUCAGAGAAAGUGGGGGUCUAGGGCAAGACUCCUUGUACAAAAUAUGUAAGGCAUACUCAAUAUAUGAUCAAGAGAUUGGCUAUUGUCAAGGUCUGUCAUUUUUGGCUGCUGCUCUCUUGCUACAUAUGCCUGAAGAACAAGCAUUCCAUGUACUAGCAAAAAUCAUGUUUGAUUAUGGAUUAAGAGAUCUCUUUCGAAACAGCUUUGAAGAACUUCAUUUGAAGUUUUACCAGCUGGAGAGACUCAUGGAGGAUCAACUUCCUGAACUGUAUGGACAUUUCCUUGAUCUUGGAAUUGAAGCCCACAUGUUUGGAUCACAGUGGUUUUUAACUCUAUAUACUGCAAAGUUUCCACUAUAUGUAGUGUUUUACAUUUUAGAUCUCUUUCUUUUAGAUGCAAUGGAAACCAUUUUUCAAGUUGCAAUUGCUUUAUUGAUGAUAUCUAAGAAUGAUUUAUUAGCUCUGGACUUUGAAGGUGUACUUAAGUACUUCCGUGUUUCACUUCCAAAGAAAUACCGUACUGAGGAAAUGGCUCGUCAGGUGUUGAACACAGCUGUCAGAGUAAAAGUCAAAAGAAUUAAAAAAUAUGAAAAGGAAUUUGCAGCAAUGAGAGAAGAACAGAAACAGGAAGAAGAUCCAGUAGAGAGGUUAAAGCGUGAGAAUAAAUGUCUGUUGGAGAGCAACAUGCGACUGGAACAAGAGAAUGAUGAUCUUGCUCAUGAAUUGGUUACAAGUAAAAUACAACUAAGAAAGGAUCUUGAUAUUACUGAAGACAAGGCUGAAACCCUGACAAAAGAAUUACUCAUAGCUAAAACUUCAUUGAACGAAGCUGAAGAAGAAAAGAAAAGACUGGAGACAGAAGUAGGCCAGCUGAAAGAGGUGUGUCGGCGAGAACUCCAACGAACUGAGACAGAAAUUUCUCGGAAUACUGCUAUCAUAUCAGAGUACAAACAGAUCUGUACCCAGCUAAGCACUAGAUUAGAGAAAGAGCAGAAUACCAAUAAAGAAGCAAUUGAACAACUAAAGACCACACUGAAGACUUGUGAUCAGUGCUUUAAGCUUUUGGAAAGUCAAGACAUCUUCAGGCAAAGGUGUCAGAAGAAGAUCUACUCUUCUGGGAAGACUACUAAAUUAUUGGACACAGACAAACAAAUUAGGGAGCUAGAAAUUGAACUUGCUCAGACCAAGUUAGCUCUGGUUGAAACAGAAUGCAAAAAUCAGGAUUUAACCCAUCAACUGAAUUCUGCUCUUCAAGAAUUGCAAGCAUCCAGAAAUACAUGGUUUCACAAGACGUUAUCCUCCAUACGUGAUGCAGCACGCAAAGAGAUAGGAGGAACUGGCCGAGAAGGCAAGGAGAGAGAGGCAACCUGAUCCUUGUACAUUUUGAAAGCUUUUUAUACAGUUAUGCUAAUUCACAUUUAUAAAAGUAAUGUACUCACAUUUUCUGUAAUUCAUAGUUUAAUGCUAAGAUUAAAAACUGUGAUUUUAUUCAUAGUUAUCAAAUUAUAGCCUUAUUACUUAAAUACAAUAUUGCUGGUGUCCUGUAAAAUGUGGUUGUUUUUUUAGCAGUCGGCUGAGAGUUAAAGAAUUAUUUCAUUGUAAAUAAAAAAAUCAGGGAAGUUGUAUAACAUGAAGUACUUAUCAUAAGUGAAAGUAAAGAUUUAUUGUUGGGUUGAUGAUCCAAAUGAUAAAGUGGUAAAGAAAUCUUUGUUGUUUUAAGGUUGUUAUUCAGCUAGUAAAUAACUAUGGAAAUAUAGAACUGUUUAUAAGAACCUAAAAAAAGCAAAAUAAUAUUGAAUAUACCUUUGUAAUUACAGCAUAUAAUACAUGCAACACACACACACACACAUAUGUACAUAUACUGUAAAUGAUAUAUCUAUGAAAAUUUAUUUUUUUAUUUCUGUUAGACAUUCCAGAUUUUUUUUUGACAAUAUUUAAACACUCACCUUACCAGUAGCAGAGCAAUAUUUGUGUAGUGCAACUUGUAAUGCUCAUUGUUAUGUUUUUGCUAUCAAUUUUAACAAAUGCAAGGAUCCUGUAAUUUUUGGUAUUAAAACGAUCUGUUACAGCUUUUUAAAGAUUUUUGAGAAGUAUUGGUUUUGAUUGUAUAUCAGUUUUCAACUUGUAGAAAAAGCCUUUCUUUUGUUUCAGUUAGAUGGUUAGACAUUUCCUUUCUUAUUUACACUGAUUUGUUAGUUUUAAUUUAUGCACUAAAAAUGAAUGGUAGUAUCAAAACUUUAUAAAAUAUUUUUUAAGUUUUUGUUUGUUUUUAAACAAGGACAAGAGAGAGAGAAUUUUUAUUAGAAAUUGAAAUAUUAAUCGAAAAUGUAAUAUUUCUUCCAAAAAGAAUUUGUUGAUUGAUAAUUUCAUUGAUAUAUAAUAAGUAAAUUGAAUGAUUACAAAAAUGAUUGAAAGAGAAAUGUAUUAUUAUAUAUUGUUUAACACUGUAGUAAAAAUAGAAAUGUAUAUAUAGAAGUAGAUUCUGUAUGUAUACAUGUACUGUACUUUUAGCUUCAGAAAAACAUUAUUCAAGUUAAAUAAAAAAAUCAAAAUAU